AGACCUCGAAGCAGUCUGCAGUCUGCUUUCACUCCACGCCGUACCCUUGUAAUGCUUCCUCUCGCAGUACUGUAGGUGUUGUUGCUUAAACCCUAUUUGUCUAUACACCACUGAACGAUCAUGCCAGCGUACGAAAUGACUAUGAUUUUACGUAAAAUGGCGAAACCGGAACUCACCAGUGCGCUCAAACGUAUGGGUGAGUAUGUGCUAAAGAACGGAGCGAUCCUUCGCUACAUUCAAAACCUGGGCACGAAGGAACUUCCUCUCAAGAUGAGCAGACAUGGUCGGACGAAUUGGCACGGAAGCUACUUUCUUUUUCGGUUUGAUGCGUCACCGGAGCUUACAGCGGCAUUGCGUGGAGAGAUCAAACGAGACGUGGACAUUAUUCGUGCCACCUUCAUUACGCUUUCACCACCAAAGACUAUUCAAUGCACCCUUGAAAAAGAGAUGCAGCCACCUGCCUACCGACCCAGCGUGCAAGCGCUCAUGGCACAGAGCCAGGUGAAGAAGAAACAGAUCUUCGAAAAACACACAGACGGUCCAGUCUGAGCAGAAAAUGAUUGUCACACUUUUUUGCCUUUAGCGUUAUGCAUACCUUGUACAGUUAUAGUUUCUACGCGUACUCAGAUCUAUGGUAUUGUGCCUAACUAUGAAUAAAGCCUUGAAAGACUGAAAA